CGCUUAUAAUGUCGUUGAAAAGAGAGCAAAUGCCAAAUUCUCUGCUUUCUGAGUUUUCAUGUCACACCAUUCGACUCUGAUAUCGCACUGUUUUCGCUGCGUCUGCUUAAAGUGAUGUGUCGAGGGUAGAAGCCUACUUCUUGUGACUUCCAAGUGCCGUGUUGUGCCUUAGCGUAAAAAGAGAGAGGGACGAGGCAAGGUGAGGAGAGAAAGAUGAGCGCCGCGAUUGAAUUCUGGAACUCGUGUAAAAACAAAAGUUUUUUAGUUGUGAUCCAAAAUCCUGCUAUCCAAUUUUUCGACUCAGUGGCAAAGUGGCAAGGUCAAAAAGAAGAAAAGCAACAUACAAAGUAGGGCAUACGGAUUGAGCAGGUAUGCAACUGCUAAUUUGGUCUCGCCGACAAGAAAAAAAGUGAGCCUAUUCUGCAUAGGGUAUGAUAGAUUCUUACUAGGAGCGCGUUGGCAGUCUUUCUCUUUUUUCCUCGACAAUUCAUUCUUCUUAUCCAGUAUUAAGUUGAAAGAAGUCACUCACACGUGAGGCAUGUGCAUAGAUUGGAAGCACGUAAAAUUCUGAGUGAGACAGAUCCAUAACUGCAAGCAGAUAUUCGCUUGUCUCGCACAACUGCGUUAAAAAGCACGCACAGGGCACGUAAGCAGGCGCUGCGACGGAUUACUGCCGAUAGCGCGUGUCGGGAUUGAGGCGGAAGAUUCGAAUGAUAAGCGUACAACCUGCGUAGAAAGUUCCUGCAUCACGAACGGCGGGUUAUCCUGCACUUGUCGCAGUGUUACGAAUUUUCAUCACAUUUACUGUACGAGUGCAGCGUAGAGUUCAGGAGCUUCAACACCGUUGGUGAGUCAGUAUUUGGGCGUGAAGAGGGCGCGAGGAAGAGGACAAGCCUACGGAUUAAAAGCAGGACAUUUUCAUCUGCAGAACGCACGAUACGCGGAUAGAAGAGGUGAUCACGACGAGGUGUUCGAUUGUGGAACUAAAGUCUAUCUAUUCCGUGUCGAAAACUACGAGACUCCUUUGGAUUGUGAACAAUAAACGCAUUUGUGUACGCACCUUGAUCGCCGAAAGGAGGACUCGCACGACAAAACGAAAAGAGAAUCUGAGCGUUACUCGAAAGAUCGGAGCUGAGACGUGCGGCAGCUUGGAGGCGGUGACCGUGACUGGUUUGCUGCCGAAGGCUUGGGAUAGCCUUUACCGAAGUAGAAGAAGAAAGUCAAGGUAAGCUGUGAAGCGGAGGAGCAGCAUCAUCGCCAGCUGUCCGCCGACAAAGCACGACUAGAUGCUCUAGCGUGCGCUCAGAACUACUCUCAAACGCUUCAGAUAUUGUUGAACAAGUUUCUGCACGCACACACCAGCGCGGGUUUCAGUAAAACCUACUUUAAUAAAGGGCCGGCACAAACGGGGCGACCAGGAACAUACGGCGAUCUCGACCAGAGAAUCGUUCUUGCUUCCAGCCCAGCAGAGCAGAAAUUCUGUGUCGUUUAUCUCCUGGACGAGAGCACGAAGAUGAUCGAGCAAGACGUUGAUACGGCCCUGAAGGUGAUUGUGGUGGGAAAUGGGCAAGUCGGGAAGACCUCGAUGAUAACACGUUUUGCACGUGGAGUCUUCACAGAUACCUACAAAAAGACACUGGCAGUCGAUUUCCUGGAGAAACGCAUGAUAGUUGGGACAGAAGAAGUUACUUUUCUUCUCUGGGAUACCGCAGGGCAGGAAGAAUACGACGCUAUUACACGAGGUAUAAUAGUUCAAUAAUGCGACUAUGCCAUACAUCGUUUCAUCAUCCGAAGAAGUUGAUGUUCCAUAGUCGGUUGUGCCUUCGCUGAAGUAGCCAAACCACGAAUAGUAUUCUUCUACGUUGUUCUUGCUUUGCUUCUAGUGUCUGCUGUUUCAACACACGACGCUUUGGCCAACAUUCCACUAGAAUGCAGGUUACUACCGGGGAGCCGGCUGUUGUAUCAUCGCCUUUUCGACAACCGAUAGGGCAAGUUUUGACGCGGUUGAAAGCUGGCACAAAAAAGUUCGUGACGAGUGCGGCAAUAUAGUCGUUGUGCUAGCACAAAACAAGGUAUUGAAUACCCCUCGCCAUUUUAGGGCCAUGAUGAUACAAAUGUGAAUCGAUCUAUACCAGUUUGAUACACAACAUGAAGUUUAUCGAUGAUCUAGACCAAGAAAAAACGUAACGACAUGAUGAGAAAAGUUGACGUGUCACCUUGCACUGAUUGCACCGCUUGCGGCGCUUGAAGUGAUGACACAAACCAAAACUUCUCGAUUCUGACAGGCCUUGUUUUUAGCUCUUAAGCUUCAUGAUUGGUUGCUCUGUCAUGAGAGACAGUCUUCUUUAGUUCAUAGAUAUCAUCAUCAUUGCUCUCACAGUGCGACCUGUUGGAUCAAGCGACGAUGACAGCAGGCGAAGUGGAGGCACUGGCGUCGAGGCUGCAGCUAAAACUAUACCGACUCUGCGUCAAGGAUAACCUCAAUAUUACCGAAAUAUUUUCCGACCUAGGAAUGGAAUACCUUCGCCGCGGCGGCGAGCUCGGACUUGGAGUAAUAAAAAGUCUUGUAAUCGACUAUGUAUAGACUAUGAUGUUUCCAAGUUGCGUUUCUUGCAUAGUGGGUGCAAGCUGCAUUUCUUCAAUGUUAAGUUUCAGGACUUUGAUUGAAUCAUCUCGGUCUUUCUAUUUAGUACCUCUUAAUGGGUGUUGCAAUUUUGCAGGUAAGUGCCGUGGCUUCGAUAACUCCUCAAGCAGUGAAGGCAGGGCCUUCUGGCAGUGCCCCGGCUGAAGAAGAAAAGACGGAAAAUCUCGCGUUCCAGCUAACAGGGGACAAGAAGCCAAAUGUUCAGAGGACAGGCGGAAAGAAAAAAAGAUUCGCUACAUGCAGCAUUCUUUGAAAACGGUUCAUGUAGGGUGGACGUUGACAAGUUGUUGUAGCUGAGAAUGAGUAUGAGAUGGGUAUUAGAUUGGUAGUAGUACCAAAUUGAAAUCAGUGUCAUAAAAAUUUUGCACAGAGGGAGUCACCUUGUUUAUUGUUACUUCAAUUGACCUCGCUAUCGUUUUUAUAUAUCGCUUCUAUUUCUUGCCAGCCUUGGCAUUCAAGCAGAUAUGAUUUCUUCUGUACCUAUUAUUGUCCUCCAGCAUGCAACAAGACUCGAAGGGCAAAGAAAUUUAAGUCAAAUGAAAAAAAAAAACUAACAAUCACCAAUGCCAUUCUCGUGGUGUCAUAAAUCUUACGGCCGCGACUCAACCGUCGAUACUAGCUUGGAGAUAGCAUUUUCUUUCACAACCCCAUGGGGAAAUCGGACGCUGUCGUUGCUUCUUCCAGACUAACACCGCCUUUCUUGCUUU